UUUCUUAUUCAAUAGAAAUAAGAAUGUGUUCCAACUUGAUCAGCUUUAAAGGAUGAGCCUGUAAUACGGAAGUGACGGAGCAUUAACAAUAUAGUUUAGAUGGAAAUGAACUACAGCACAUAAAGUUGUUUAGUUUACAAGAAAAUAGAAUCAGAACCAGAAUCAGAACCAGCACCAGAACCAGAACCAGAACCAGAACCAGAACCAGCACCAGAACCAGAACCAGAACCAGAACCAGAACCAGAAUUAAAACUAGAAGUAUAGAACUCGUGAAUUGAGAUGAAAAAAAUGUUGGAAAUACUAUUUGUGUUUUUGAUAGGAUGCAUCGGGAGUGUAUUCAUGAACGAUUGUAGUGCAAAUAUUAUGGCCAAGUGCACUGAUCCUUUGAGGGUAGUUACAGACAACAAGGAUCUAGGAUUUGCAACAUCUUAUCAGGAACUUGAACAAAUGUGUCCUAAAUUAAUGGACGGACUGAGGUGUAUCGACACGUUUACGCAGAAAUGCCUGGAACGAGAACACCGAGCAUACUUUAAUACGCUGUACACCGGGACCACGCAGGUCAUUUCGGACCUCUGUAAUCAGGGUCAAUAUCAGACAGAAUAUCUGCAGCAUGCUCCCUGUAUGAGAAAGGCUCAAGCUGAAUAUGAAUCAUGUGCACAAGAAUAUCAGUUGAAAAUAAAGGCUUUAAACAAGCCGGAAAAAAGUGGCGCAAAGGGCACUGAUGAGGAUAAUGUACAGAUCCUGUGUUGCAGUUUUCAAGAAUAUUUACAUUGUAGCGAAGCAGUCGUAAACACUACAUGUGGAGCUAGCACUGCUUCAUUUACUAAGGGAUUCCUGGACCGUAUGUCAGGUCCCCUAGUCCAGGGACACUGUCAGGAGUACAGUGUAGGCUCAAACAUGUGUCCAACUCAGUCCGCAGUAUUCUCUGUAGAUUCUAGUUCUCUUCCUCUCUCCUCCCUUCCUCCUCUUCUUCUUCUUCCUCUUCUCAUCUUCUUCUCCUUGUAAUCUUCCUCUCUCCUCCCUUCCUCCUCUUCUUCUU